GGCAUGUGCCAGGCAGACUGACAUCCGAGGGCCAGGGUCUGAGGGGGUCUUCCUAGUGUGGCCUGUGGUGUGCAGUGAAUUCCCUUCUCUUUCCCCCUCUAGGAUGUGAGAAGCACCUUGCAGAGGUAAGUGGAUCUGGCUCAUUUCCAUUAGCUUCACUCUUUGAAGCUGAGAUGCAGGAACCUCAGACAUGGCCCUCCAGGGGCUGCAGGGGGGAGACUGGAGGACUCACUCCCUGAGGCAUCUCACAGGUAAAAGCAGGGGCCCCUCUUUGGAACUUGACAAUGGGUAGAUCACAGUUGGUCUUUUUAUACUGUGAGUAGAUCACAGUCUCUUGGGAGUUGGACGUGCCUGCCUUAGCUGUUUCCUUCUAGACUGACCAGUUCAGUCACUCUGCCGGCCACCCCACCCUGUCCCAAGCAAACUCCUGCCCCAUAGAGCCCCUUGGGAGGGGGCGAUUUCUCACCAAGGAGCAGGAAUUGGCUAUUUUCUUGACCAUAUUCCGGCUGCAGUAUUUAUAUUGAAGGAAUCACUCAGGUGCAGAGUAGAGGUUUGAAGGAACAUUUCUUGUUUCCCAACAAAAGUGCAUCUCUUUUUCUUCCUCUCCCCUUCUCUGGGGACAUCUAGAGAAAGGACAUGUGUGCUGUGCUCUCACCACCCUCAGACAAUUCCUGCCCCUUGAUACCAUAGGAUUCUGCUGCUGCUUUGAAUAGACAUCAGUGGGGAGACUCAGAGGCCUGGGGUUGCUGUUUUGGCCCUUGGGGGUCUGGCUGAGGAGUCCGUAGUGAGGAAGAAACUCCCCACUCAGCGCAUGCCUGUCCCUCUAGGCCUCCUCCCAAUUCCUUUCUUUUCCUUUAACAGAAAUUGCAGAUUUGAAUGGGCUGACAUUGUUCUUCUUUUCACCAGGUACGAGAAAAGAGAGAGUCCAGAGAAGCCACUGCCUUUCCCUCCAGAGCUGAGGAACAGGGUCUUGGGAUCCUGUGAUCUAAAUCACCUUGUGGAGGAUGCCAUGAAACAAUGGGAAGAUGCUGUGUUAUACAGAAAACAGACUCAGAAAGCAAAUGUCACUCUGGAUCCAGACACAGCCCAUCCUGAACUCAUCCUGUCCAAGGAUGGGAAAAGCGUGAUGCAUGGAGACAAACCUCAAGCCCUGCCUGACCAUCCGGAGAGAUUCAGAUGCGACCCUUGUGUGUUGGGACGGGAGGGAUUCACAGCAGGCAGACAUUUCUGGGAAGUCACUGUGGGAAGUGGGGGGGGGUCUGUGGGGGUCGCCAGGAAGUCUGUGGGGAGAAAGGGGUGCCUCCCCUUUAGGCCUGAGGAGGGGAAUUUGGGAGGGAAGUACCAGGCCUUCACCUCCCCUGAACCCUCUCCUCUUUCCCUGAGGGAGGAUCCGGGUGACUCUGGACUAUGAAGGGGGACGUGUGUCCUUUUCUGACGCCGAACUCUGCACGUUCUCAGGAGCCUCGUUCUCGGGAGAGAGCCUCCUCCCUUUCUUUCAUCUGAGGGGAAAUGAAACCCACCUCAGGAUCUCCUGAGGAGACUAGAUCUGCCUCUCAGGCCCAGCAGGAGUUUCUCUCCAGACCAGAGGGACGGACAUUUACCCACCAGGAGAACCUGGGGCAGUUUUUCAAGGGCCCUUUGAGAAGAUUCCUUUUCCUUCCUUUCCCCACAAUUCCCUCUGCAGCUUGCUUCUUCUGAAAGAGGCAGUCACACUUUUAACAGUCCCAAUAAAUCAUCUUUUCCUCA